AAGCCGUCCUCAGUUGAGCUUUGAUGGUGAUACCGGGCGGACGGGAAACUUGAUUUUGUUCACCCUCGAAACGUAAGAAAACACAAACCGACGAUGGCUGCAUUUCCAGUGAAAGUGCUACGAAUUGUGUCGUUUGGAUAUCUGAGAGUUUGAUUGCAUAAUUCGUGAAGCAUUCAAACAGCGUUGUAAUUAUGGAAUAUUUCAAUGUCUGUGAUACAGAUUCGUGCUGCUUAGCAGUUAUGAUGUUCACGGUGAACUGUUGAAAGGUUGCUGUCAUGUUUCAAUCAGUCACAGCUGAUAUUGUUUGGUGAAUGAAAAAAAAAAAACAAGUUCGAUUCGUUCAGUGUCUCGGCUCGUUUUCGUAUUUCUUAGCCGGCUGUUGUGCAGGUUGACGUGAAGCAAAUCGUCAAUACUCUAAUCUACUUCGAAGCGUGGUCGUAACAUGUAAAACAAGAUACUAGUUCUCGAUGACAUGAUAGUUUUGUUGGGAGUUAUCAUUGACCCAGUAACCACCCUUCACCAGGGAAACUUUGCCUCACAACAGAAACUAACCUUCUGCAUAAUAGAUGUUCCCAAUAGAAAGAGCCUGGAUUUUACAGUUCCCUAUUUGCGCGUGAAAAAAAAAAUAAAUAAAAACGAUGAUAAUGACUUUGCUGAAUGGCACCGCAACGGUGACGGUCCGGCGGACUCCAGCUGCUUGAUCGCGUUUGAUGGUAAUGUCCAUCUUCCUCCCCCACCCACCACCAGUUACAUACUGAAACUUGAAGUACGGAAACUAGAGCAAGUGGCGGUACAAUAAAGAAAUAAAGUUAUAAUUUUCAUUCCCGUGUCGGACGGCACGCGAAUGAAGCACGGAAUACUGAGUGCGCCUUCACGAACACUAGCACUCGAAACGGCGAAAAACACAAUCAGAAUUAUGAAAACCGGAAGUGAUAACCAGCCGGUUGACUACCGCAGUAGCCAUGGAGGUUCGAAAGCGGCACCAAACCGAGAAGUGGUGGCCCGCUGGCGGGUACCGAUGUACGGUAAAAUCCACGAGAUCGAGUUCGAACAUGGCACUGCCAGCGGGAAGCGUGUGCUGUGGAUCAACAAGGAGGAGAUUUUUCGCCGAGACUGGAUGUUCAAAUUGGUCGGCGAGGAUAUGUUCAAAUUGGAGGAUAAAAGGUGCAUCGUGCGGGUGGACCCACUACCUGGUUUUAAGUACAGUUACUCGCUUUUCGUGGACGGAAAGUCCUACGAACAGUUUACGGAAUCACAGGCCAAAGCGUUGAGGACGUGGGAAAUCAAUUUGGGAGAUAAUUUUUAUCGUAUAGUAUUAGAGAAAAACACACUCAACAUUUACGUUAACGGCAAACUGAUAGAGGAAAAUGGUGAAUUUGUAGAUGGCGGCACUGAGACAACGUUUGUUGAAGACGGCAACACGUUCGUGCUAAGUGCACGAACCAGUGGCAACAAACGGGAUGGGAUUGUGCACUCGCUAAGCGUAAACGGUGAAACGGUGCAGGACCCGGCUUCGGUUUGCGGUGUUGUACCGUGAAGAAGUAAAAAGGUGUGAUAUGUACAUACAAUUAAGGCUAAAGGUUUGGUUUGAAACUCUAUAAACGCACGGUUUUCUGAAUAAAUAAAUAUUCUUUUUGAAA